GCUCCCGGCGCCCCGCGGCGUGACGCGGCGCCGCCGACAGACGGGCCCGGCCGGCGGCGGGACGGGAGCGGGCAGGCCGCGCGAUCGAGCCGCUGUCCCGGACAGGCCGUUCCUGCUGCCGCUCUUGGGCCUGGCGCUGGGGCCCGGCCCCAUGCUCGCAGGGGCUGAACGGGGACCCGCGGUGCAGAGGGGCCGGCGCGCCUCGGGGUGCUGACGCGGGGAGGCCACUGCAUCCCCCUCGCCCGGACCCUCCUGCUCCCCGCUGCGAGGAACCCUGAUACUCUGAUGGAUCUGAGACCCUGCUCGCUGCUCUUGCUCUGGACUCUGGUGGUUGCCCUUGCUCUCCUGGCCCAGGAGGUGCUGGCCCAGCAUAUUUACACCAACACGUGGGCUGUGCUCGUCCCCGCGGGGCCCCGGGAGGCUGACCGGCUGGCCAGGAAGCAUGGAUUCCUCAACCUGGGCCCGAUUUUUGGUGACUAUUACCACUUCCGGCACCGCGGCGUGGUGAAGCGUUCCCUCUCGCCCCACCAGCCCUGGCACCAGCGCUUGGCCAGGGAACCACAGGUGCAGUGGCUGGAGCAGCAGGUGGCAAAGCGCAGGACCAAGCGAGAUGUUUUCAUGGAACCCACAGACCCCAAGUUCCCUCAGCAGUGGUAUUUGUACAACACAAACCAGCGGGACCUGAACGUGCGCCAGGCGUGGGCGCAGGGCUACACGGGCAAGGGCAUCGUGGUUUCCAUCCUGGAUGAUGGCAUUGAGAAGAACCACCCUGACCUGGAGGGCAACUAUGAUCCAGGGGCAAGCUUUGAUGUCAACGACCAGGACCCAGACCCGCAGCCCCGCUACACACAGAUGAACGACAACAGACAUGGCACACGCUGCGCCGGGGAAGUUGCCGCGGUGGCCAACAAUGGGAUCUGUGGUGUCGGCGUGGCGUACAACGCCAGGAUUGGAGGCGUGCGCAUGCUGGAUGGCGAGGUGACGGACGCUGUGGAGGCCCAUUCCCUGGGCCUCAAUCCCAACCACAUCCACAUCUACAGCGCCAGCUGGGGCCCCGAGGACGAUGGCAAGACUGUGGAUGGCCCGGCCCGGCUGGCAGAGGAGGCUUUCUUCCGAGGGGUCAGCCAGGGCCGAGGGGGACUGGGCUCCAUCUUCGUCUGGGCGUCUGGCAACGGGGGCCGUGAGCACGACAGCUGCAACUGUGACGGUUACACCAACAGCAUCUACACGCUGUCCAUCAGCAGCACCACACAGUACGGCAACGUGCCCUGGUACAGCGAGGCCUGCUCCUCCACCCUCGCCACCACCUACAGCAGCGGCAACCAGAACGAGAAGCAGAUCGUGACCACAGACCUCAGACAGAAAUGCACAGAAUCACACACGGGGACGUCGGCCUCAGCACCUCUGGCCGCUGGCAUCAUCGCCCUCGCCCUGGAAGCCAACAAGAACCUGACCUGGCGGGAUAUGCAACACUUGGUGGUGCAGACGUCAAAGCCAGCUCACCUCAAUGCCAACGACUGGGUCACCAACGGCGUUGGCCGCAAAGUCAGCCACUCCUAUGGCUACGGCCUGCUGGACGCCGGGGCCAUGGUGAGCCUGGCCAAGAACUGGACCACGGUGGGACCGCAGAGGAAGUGUGUCAUCGACAUCCUCACAGAGCCCAAGGACAUCGGGAAGCGCCUGGAGGUGCGGCGGAAGGUGGACGCCUGCCUGGGCAAGGCCAACUGGAUCAGCCGCCUGGAGCACGCGCAGGCCCGGCUGACGCUGUCCUACAACCGGCGAGGAGACCUGGCCAUCCACCUCGUCAGCCCCAUGGGCACCCGCUCCACGCUGCUGGCCGCCAGGCCCCACGACUUCUCAGCUGAUGGGUUCAACGACUGGGCCUUCAUGACGACACACUCUUGGGACGAGGAUCCCUCUGGGGAGUGGGUGCUGGAGAUUGAGAACACCAGUGACGCCAACAACUACGGCACACUGACCAAGUUCACGCUCGUGCUGUACGGGACGGCCACCGACCCCCCCAGCCUGUCCAACCAGCUGGAGAGCAGCGGCUGCAAGACCCUGACGCCCAGUCAGACCUGUGUGGUCUGUGAGGAAGGGUACUACCUGCACCAGAAGAGCUGCCUGAAGCGCUGCCCUCCCGGCUUCGCACCCGGCGUGCAGAGCACACACUACAGCCUGGAGAACAGCGUGGAGCCCAUCACACCUCAGCUCUGCCUGCCCUGCCACCCCUCCUGCGCCACCUGCGCGGGGCCUGGCCCCAACCAGUGCCUCACCUGCCCCGCACACUCCCACUUCAGCAGCCUGGACCUCUCCUGCUCCCACCAGACGCAGAGCAGCCGCGCGUCCCCUGCCCUGGCCGAGGGCGAGGGCCCGGCCGAGGCCCCCGCGCCAGCCAACCUGCCCGUCCUCAUCGCCAGCCUCAGCUGCGUCCUCAUCGUCGUCAUCUUUGUCGCCAUCUUCCUGGUGCUGCAGGCGCGCUCAGGCUUCAGCCUGCGGGGCGUGAAGGUCUACGCCCUGGACAGUGGGAUCAUCUCCUACAAGGGCCUCCCCUCUGACAUCUGGCAAGAGGAGGGCCCCUCGGAGUCGGACGGUGAGGAGUACGAGGCCCACAACGAGAGGACUGCCUUCAUCAGAGACCAAAGUGCCCUUUGAUGAGCCCUCCCGCCCCUCCCUCCUCCCUGCCCAGCACCUCGGGGCCGGGGCAGGUGAGGCCGAGGGGCCCCAGACUCUGCCCUCGUCCCCCUCCCGCCCCACAGCAGCCCGGGGCUCCCCCUGCUGGCGCUGGCCCUGGGCCCUGGCCGGGGCUGCAGCACCGUUCUCAGCUCGGCACUGUCCCAGUCUUGCACCAUCUCUCUUGGCCCUGUGUCCAUCCUGUGCCCCACGCCCGAGUGUCUGGUGGCGGUGGGGCCCCUGGCACUGGCGGGCCCUGCUCUGGCAGCUGUGUCUCCUGACACAGCGGGGGGCUGCUGCCGGGGGUCCCGCAGGGGGGCUGCUGCUGGGGGUCCUGGAGGAUGGCAGCAUGCAGGGUCCUGGGGCUGUCGCUGCUCAGACUGGGCUGGCUGGGCUGGGGGCAGCUCUGCCUUGAGCCAGACCCACAGCACGGUGUCCCCUUGUGCUCAGCACAUGCCAGCCUCUGGCUGCCCCCCUACCCUGACCCCGGCCCCCUAGCUCCCCACCAGCUCCCAAGGGCCUGUCCACCUCCACCUGUGCCCUUCAACAGCAAUAAUGGCCAGGCCUCAGCCUCUGCUGCCCGCUGCCUGCCCAUCCCGGCCUGGGCAGCAGCCGCCCUGCAGCUGAGAGCGUGGGAUGGGGCAGCGCCUUCCCCUGUGCCCCCAGCGCAGGCAGGGACUCCCCGCACAGCCCCCAGGCUGGGGGGCUGCCCCGGGCCCCCCUGUCCGCUGCCCCCGGGCAGGGCCCAGCAUCCCGGCAGCCCCAGCCCUGGCGUGUCCCUGCCCCCCGAUGUGCCUUGCCCCACUUGGUGACAAUCCGUUCCGCUCCCUGCCGGAGCCCCUCUGGGUGCCGCCUGCCCUCGCCGCCCCUUCCCCGUGGGCAGAGGCCGGUGCCGCGCUCCCUUGGCCGCCCGCAGCCGCCCGGCGGGGCCGUGGCGUGGGCUCGUGCCGUGGGCUCAUGCUGCCCCGCGCCAGCCCCGGCUGCCACGGCCGGGGGCCACAGGACUAUUUUUCUAUAAUAACUUUUUGGUGCACAGUAAUUUUUUCUUGUAAUUUAAUCAGCCGGGAGCUGCCUCCUGAGCCCGUUUUUAAUUUAAUGGAUGUGGAUAUAACGCUAGAGAGACUGAGUUAUUAAAUGUUCAGAACUAUGCAAACCA